AACCACAUCAGUGCAUGCGCGGAACCGCUGCUGGACACACGCGUCGCUAUCUCUCACGUACAAGGCGCGUGCGCAACGAACUAUAAGUCGCGAUAAACGGACGCGAAAAAGGAAAAUAGAAAAUCUCCAAGAAACAGGAGAUCGGGAAAACCUGCAGCGGUUCAUUGCAAACCCUUAAAAAAUACCGGCCAUUUUCAAUUUUCGAAAAUUCUGCAAAAUUCUGAAGCCGGUUUAAAUAGGCCCAAACUGCUUUUAACAAGCAGUUUGUCUUCAUAUAGAGGAGAAAAAGGUGACCUGUCAAAACGAAGUACCACGUCAACGUUUCCGUUAAAGAGAAGGGUUGGAAGAUGUCGAAGGACGUGUCAAAACUGAGGAAGGUGGUGCUCGAUGGAUUCCUAUUCAUUAUACUAAUGCUCAGCAUCCUCGCGACCGCUCUCAUUUGGGAGCCGUUCGAGAGAGGGUUCUUCUGCGGCGACCAGAGCCUCAUGUACCCCUACAAAGACGACACGGUCACCGUGCUCAUGCUCAGGCUCAUCGGUCUGGGAUUGCCUGCUUUAGUUUUCUUUGUGUGCGAAUGGGCACUCUUACGUAAAGCUGAGGAUGGGGAGAAGUUCCUGGGCAUCAAGAUACCAGUCUGGCUGCGAGGGUUCUACUGCGCGGCCGUGUCCUUCGCCAUCGGAGCCUGCUUCGUCGAGAUCUCCGUUAACAUGUCCAAAAAUAUUAUCGGA